AUGGUGAAGAUCCAAAUGAAACUGGGAAAAUAGAUUAGUCACCAAACAAGCUGGGCAAGCAAAUAUUUGAUGUUAGUGCAGAUGAGAAUAGAGUUUAGUCAGAAGAAAACAAUUUUGACUCCAAUAUUCUUAACUAGGACUACUAAAGCGUUCAGAAAAACUUAAUUAACUAAGAUCAUGAUAAUGUGGUUAACUCAGUAAUAAUUCAAAACAAAAGUCAAAGAUAGUCGAUCAUUGAAAAGAAGAAGAAUAUCCAAAUACUAUACUAAAGACUAAAUCUUCAACAGCAUCAAAUGA